ACGCCCCAGCCAGAUCACUAUGAUGCCGCCGCUGACUCACAGCCCCGACCUCUCACAAAAACAAAUAUCAACCAGCGAGAAGCAAUCCGCUGCGUUAUAAAAACAAACCCGGCCGGGAGCCAACUGCAUUCCCGUCUCACCUGCCUACUUUUCCUCUGCUCCCCCGACCCAUCCGUCCGUCUCUCCCGUUCUCUCUUCUCAGAUUUGUGGGUUCGACUGAUGAUUUCACCGCCCCCGGUGAUGCAAUCCUCCGCGGCGAGGCCCGCGCUGGCUGUGUUCCGCCAGGCCGCCGCCUGCUCCAGCUCCCGCCGGACGGUCCGUUGCGCGGUGUCCGUCGCGUCGGCGGCGCCGGCCGGGAGGUGCACGCUGUACGAGGUGCUGGGGCUGCGGGCCGGCGCCACGGGCGGCGAGAUCAAGGCCGCCUACCGGCGACUGGCUCGGGAGCGGCACCCGGACGUGGCCGGCGCGGCCGGCGACGACUUCAUCCGCCUACACGACGCCUACGCCACGCUCUCCGACCCGGACGCCCGCGCGCGCUACGACCGCGACGUCGUCGUGCAGGCCUACGCGCAGCCGCCCGCUUCCAGGCCGAACGGCGUCUGGGGCCGACCUCGCCGCACGUGGGAGACAGACCAGUGCUGGUAGGCCCGGCCUCGAUCGAUCCAGAGCUUCGGCCUUGUGAAUAGCCACCACUAUAGCAGCCGCUCGCGCGCUCUUUCCCACGCGCGGCCAUGGCCGCUCACCAUAGAUUUUUUGUUACGGUGACCCAACCAUGCGUCUGUACAUGUAAAUCCCCACCUCUCCUUGUCCUUGAUCUCCUGAAUGUGCAGUGAUCUUCAGAAUCAAAAAUUAACCUGUGUUAAUAUGCAA